AUGAUCUUGGUUGAUAUGUUCGACAUGGCGGGCUGGUGGACAUUGAUAGUUAGUUUACAGGUUAUAAUUAUAUCAGCUUAUUACUUUUGGAGCAAAAAGAAGUCUAAGGACGACGAUCCUCUGAGUAAAGGAGUUCCAACUAACUGGAAGCCUCUGCCCAUCGUAGAGUACGAUGUUGCUGUUGAAGAACCUCCUUUGAUGGGUAAAAUUGAUGAGAAUGUCUUGAACGUGGGGGCUACUAGUUUUCUUUGCCUUCAUAAGGAGGAAUCUAUCAUGAAUGGUGCUUUAAAAGCUUUAGACAAAUACGGUGUGGGGUCAUGUGGACCCCGAGGGUUUUAUGGAACGAUUGAUGUACAUUUAGACUUGGAGGAACGUCUUGCAAAAUUUCUCGAAGUAGAUGAGACCUGUGUGUACUCUUACGGUUUCUCAACUAUUGCUAGUGCAAUACCAUCAUAUGCUAAGAGAAGAGACAUAGUAUUUGCUGAUGAAUGCGUCUGGUUUGCAAUCCAAAAGGGAUUAGAUGCCUCACGGAGCACUGUCCGUUACUUCAAACACAAUAAUGCUGAUGAUUUAGAGAAAAUGCUAGCUGAAGCAUUAAGCAAAAAGGAACUAAACCCUCGCCGAAGAGCCUUCUUAGUUAUAGAAUCUAUAUAUUACAACACUGGAGAAAUGUGUCCGUUGAAACGGCUGGUGCAGUUAGCCAGGCAAUAUAAGCUGAGGAUUCUCUUGGAUGAGAGCUUGACAAUUGGUGUUGUCGGUAAAUACGGUCGCGGUAUAACCGAGUUAUUAGACAUUCCUCGUGGAGAAAUCGACCUGAUUGUUGGUUCGUUGGAGCAUUCAUUCGCAACCGUCGGAGGGUUCUGCGCUGGUACGAACUUUAUUGUGGAACAUCAGAGACUUUCUGGCCUUGGUUACUGCUUCAGUGCUUCCUUGCCACCGAUGUUGACUCAAGCCGCCAUCAACGCGUUGGACAUAAUAGAAGAGAGGCCGAAUAUUAUAGAAGAACUUAAUAUUGUAUCAAAGAAACUGAACGGAGCAUUAUCCAAACUCAAAUACUUCAGAUUCCGAGGGGAUGAGAUCUCACCAAUCAAGCACAUAUACCUCAAUAAGGAAGACCUGACAGAUAGACUGAAGCAUUCAUAUCUUCGUAACAUUGCCAACUAUUGUUUAGAAAAAGGCGUAGCACUGGCUGUGGCUGCUUAUCUCAGAGAUGUAGAAGUCAACUGCCCAGAACCCUCUAUUCGUUUAGCUGCAAGCAGAAAACUAACAGAUGAAAAUAUAAGCUUAAUAUGUUCCUUAUUAGACGAGGCCUACGAAAAAGUAGGCCCUAAGCCUGAGUUGCAGGCAAUAUAA